CGUGUCAACGUUCUAAAUCAAAAUAUAUACUACACAAAGAGUUCCAAUAUAUUCGUUCUCUGGCUUGUUUUGAAAACAUUAACCGGAAGCUUACUGUACUUCUUGCCGGUCUUGAGUGACAUGCUUCUGACAGCUAGCAUGGUAGCACGUAGCUAAUGACUUCAAACUCUUGAGCGAACAUGUUUGUCUCAAACUGGGUUACAAAAUAAAUGUACGCUCUCUUUUGGGACUCCUUUUCUACCUCGGUCCAUUCCUCGCCGUCCGAGGAUGUUUUCGUCUGUCUGGAAUUUUGUGAAGCGCCACAAAAGGAAAUUUAUUGUCACCGGAGCUGUAGUUGGAGGUGUCUACUUCCUGAGUAAAUAUGCCCAGUCAAAGAUCCGAGAGCUCCAGGAGAAGGAGGCGACAGAGUACAUCGCUCAAGCCAGACGUCAGUUCCACUUCGAGAGCAACCAGAGGACGUGCAACAUGACCGUUGUGUCCAUGUUGCCUCCUCUGAGAGAAGCCAUCAUCAACCAACUCAACUCUGAAAGUCUUACAGCCAUCUUGAAGACCAGACCAGCCAAUAAGGUGGACAUCUGGGAAGAUUUAAAGAUCAUGAGCUUCACCCGCACCAUUGUGGCCGUGUACAGCACCUGCAUGCUGGUUGUUCUGCUGAGGGUCCAGCUCAACAUCAUUGGAGGUUACCUGUACCUUGACAACUCUGUGGGAAAGCCCCCCGCGUCUCCUCAGGCUACAGCAGAGGUCCAACAGCAGUACUUAUCCAGCAUCCAACAUCUCCUUGGAGACGGCUUGACACAGUUGAUAACAGUAGUGAAGAAAUCAGUGCAGAACUUUUUGGAUGGCGUGUCCUUAAAGCAAAGUCUCAGUCUGCUGGAGUUAGAGCAGCAGCUCAGUUGGAUUCGAGCGGAGGUGGAAGCCGGUUCUGAGCGCCAGCUGUCCUGGUACAUGAUGGCCGACGACGAAAACGCACUCGCUGACCAGGCGUGCGGGCUGACAGAAAACGACGUCCUUACUGUCCGCCUGUUAAACGAAACCAGAGACAUGCUUGACAGCCCAAACUUUAGCGUCGUUUUAAACGCCUGCCUGCAGCGAGGCUUCUCUCGUCUCCUUGACAACCUGGCCGAGUUCUUUCGCUCGUCCCUUGACGAUUCCACUUCCAGCUGCAGCCCUGACAGUCUGUUUGUUGUCAGUCUACCGCUGGCGAAGAUCAUCCCCAUUGUCAACGGUCAGAUCAAUACCAUCUGCAGCGAGACCCCAGGUCAUUUUGUUCAAGACCUGCUGAUGAAUGACCAUGUGAAAGAGUUUGCCGCCAUCGUGUACGAGAGCUUCAGCAACCCGCAAGAGUUACAGAAGUAGACAUGACAGGAAGUAAGACUCAUUUUUGGUUUACUGUGCUGGACUCAGCGUUGCAUUGCUGAAUGGGAGCGAAGCGAAGAAUGCGGCCUGUUUUUGGUGCCCCACAAAGACGGGAGGUAAGUAAGACGCUUUGCCGCCAUCCUGUUCGCUUUUCCUGACACGCACACAGCUUCUCAAAUGGACAAGCAGGAAAAACGAAGAAACCAGUCGAAGCAACUGGAAUAAGCACAUAUGUCGCAUAACGUGUGUUAACGAGCAAGGCACCUGUGACAUCAUCGGCGAGGAAUUGACAGCGAUAAAGAAACAAAUAAAUAUGUUAAAUAUAAUUUACUAUGUUUACACUGCUCUUAAUUGUCUAAUCUGGAUCCGAUCUGAAUCAUCACAACCCCUACCCCCACCACACUUUUUGUUGAACUUGUAUCAGAUUACUUUUAUAUAGUGAGGUAUGAUUUUCUAAAAUAGACUAAAGGUGUGUUUUUUAUUUACAAUGAUUUCAUCGGGGCUAUUUGUGGUGCAGAAAUUACCAAUGAUGAAAAUUCUAAUUUUGUGACAAAAGUAAAGUGAAAGAGAAACAAAUCAAACAAAAUGCCUCAGUUUUUUUUAAACAUGCAAUUUUCGUGCUGUCCAACAGGAGUCGCACCUUCACUUGCCUUAUCCCUUCUAUCGUGACGCUUAAAAGUAGAAAACAAAUCCGCUUAAGUUAAUUGAAUAAUUAGA